AUGUUUCAACAAACAACAUCGGGAACUAAAUCGUCGAAAUCGGUGGCAGCAACAAAAGCAAUAGAUGAUAAUGUGAAAGGUACAGCGAUAGAAUUUUCAUUAGGUACAUCAUCACAAACUGAUGAUAAUACUGCAAUUGCUAUUCAAUCAACAAAAAAAUCAUUGUUAAAACGUUUACGAAGAAAGUUAUCAGUAAAUUUCUCAUUAAAAGAAGAUAGCAAAAAGAAGAAGCAAAAUGAGAAAGCUGUCAGUAUCACGAAAUUAAAAAAGAAUGAUCGAGUCAAUAAAUGGCUAAUUUUGGAGCUUAUUGGUAAAGGUUCAUUUGGAUGUGUUUACAAAGUUGGAUAUCAUGGUGAACGGUAUGCGCUUAAAUUCGAUCUCGGAUAUUGUAAUGAAAAACCGCUAUCAGUUGAAAAGCAUAUAUUAGAAUUAGCUAAAAAAGCGGAAAGUAAGCAUAUCUGUCGUCUUAUCGAUGAUGGAAAUUAUCAUGGCUGUGAAUAUAUUGUAAUGACGCUUGUUGGUAAAUCAUUACGAGAUAUUCUGAUGGAGCAGAAAAAGAAAAAGCUUUCUGCCGGAUGUGUUAUUUCGGUUGGUUUACAAUGUGUUGAAGCAAUCGAAGAACUUCAUCGAGUUGGAUUCAUACAUCGCGAUAUAAAACCAUCAAAUUUUGCUACCGGACGAAAUGAUCUUUUACAUGGCGUUCGGAAAAUUUUUCUCAUUGAUUUUGGUUUGAGUUAUCAUUACGUCGAUUCGAAUGAUCGAUUAAAACCUGCGAAACGUGAUAUUAGCUUCAAAGGAACAUUACGUUAUGCACCAUUAGGAUGUCAUCAACGUCGUCCACCAGGUCGUCGUGAUGAUCUCGAAUCUUGGAUGUAUCAGCAGAUCGAGUUUACGACAGGAUAUUUACCGUGGAAAAAUCUCGAUGAUGAGCAAGCUAUUAUGACUAUUAAAGAGACAAUUCGAACAAAUGAUGGCAUGCAAAAGUUGCUAAAAUAUUGUCCAAAAAAAUAUAUAGAAAUUAUGAAAUAUAUAUGUAAAUUAAAACAUACAUCAAGACCGGAUUAUGAUCUUAUCUAUAAGUUGCUUCGAAAAAUUUUAUUUGAAGCACAUUUGAAAGAAUAUCCAUACGAUUGGGAAUAUGAAUCGUUGGGAUAUUUUCGUAAAAAAUGA